AUGUCCCUCUUACAAUGGUGUUCACUCAGACCACAGGGCCCUUCAAAUCUUGCAGCCAUUAGGUUCUCAGCACCCAUUCAGAUAACGUCGCUCAGGGUCUUUCCAAAGGGCGCCAGGCCGUUCAAACAGGCACCAGACGUCGUCGCGGAGACGGAGCCAGAAGCAUUCUUUCUCGAUAUAUUCUUCAAUGCGCAAGCGUUACAGCCUGGAGGUGAAAGUAAAGAGAAACAGCGGGCACCAAAUGCCCUGGUACCUACCAGUAUAGCCUACGCCGGGGGCCAGAUGGACUUUGCAAUAGAUAUGGGUACAGAGUAUGCAACUCGCCUGAUGAUAAUCAAAGGCAACUUUGAGGUCCUGUCUAUGGCAAUAUACGGUCAUGUCGUCGCAGAGAAGCCCCCAGUCCUGUCCUAUGAACCCAAAACACUCCCCAUCGUCGAGCCCUUCCCACUCUCCAGAAACUUGGACCCAGCAAACUCUACUGAACCCAGAGCAUUGGCAGAAAAACUCCUUGCACUGAUUCCCAAUCCCCCACGGCUACCGCUCGUUGUUCGUCUCAUGUUUUGCUUGAAACCUUCUGACGAGGAUUGGGACGACCCUGAAUUCCCGGAUCUUUACGCAGACUUGGAGGAUAGGGACUCUGAUUUCGACCUUGAAGGCGUGGUCAAUUCAGUCAGCAGGCCUAUACCAGACGACUUGCCCCAGGAUACCUUCUUGACACUGGUGGACAGAGUGAAUGACUUUCUAGGUCCAAAGGACAACGACCAUGCCUAUUGGAUUGCAAAACUACUUAGCAUUGCCGCACCGCAGCAGCCUGAGAUGGCGCGCACACUUUUGGAGAACCUCAAUAUGGAGGAAAUAUUUGACGAGGACACGCUCGAGGACGAAACAACUAUCCUCUGCCUCUUCGACGCAUGCGCCAACAGCGAUAUUGCAAAUCACUUCAACAACCAGAACAUGCUCGGCGUUCUGGAGAACCUCCGAAAGAGUUCAACAGCCGACCAAUACGUCAAGUCCGCCGCACGGAAGCUCGAGCAGCGAAUACUUGGGUGGCGACACUUCGAAGACGCCUUUACCAACGAAGCUGCAGACUUCCAAAGCGCCGCUGAAUUUAUCAUCGACCUCACCUCUGAGGAGAACUCGACUGGAAUUUGGCUAUCGUGCAUGUUGCUGAACAGCAACCUCGUGUCGAAGCUCUCAUCCGCCUUCUCUGAUGUGCAGCAGCUCCCUCCCAGCUUGACGCAGCCGGAGGCACGGCCAAAUACCACAGGCGAGUUCCUGGUUCUCGUCCGGGCCAUUGUAGGCGUUGUCAGCGUACUUUCAGCCUGGUCAUGGGCCGAUAGCUUGGGUGUGGACCAUUGCCGUGAGCGGAUAUUGGCAGUCCUUAGCAUAUGGCAAGAUGUAGAAGGCUACUCUGAUAUCCUCAACCAUCUACUGUACCUGCGACAACUCACGCGCCGGUUGGGUUGGAUCAUCUCGGACAGCGAUCCUCCGCGCAAGUCGGGCAUCUUCGCGGAAAGGAUCCUCAUGCGCCUCGCUGAGAGUCCGCGCGCCAUCCUCCAGGAGGAACUCUACAAGAUUAUCAUUGACCUCAAGCAGCCGCUCUCAGUCAUAACCGAAGACGAUCGUUUGGCGCUACGCAAGAAUGCGUUUGUCGCUGAAGAUGGUCUACCAUCCGCGGUGGAAGAGUUGUUGUUUACGAGCGACCGCCCCUUCUCCCUUCGCCGGCUUCGGACACUUCGAGUGUCGGUUGCCAUCAUCCAGAAGGAAAUCAAGGAGGACGAAGACAAUGGAGAGUUGCGAGUACUCAAUAACCUCUGGGAGGAGGAAGCUCAUGGACUGAUACCUCGCUUGGUCGACCUUGUACACGAUAUCUCCGACGACAUCACGAAGUACUUCGAUGUGAAUCCCAUGCUGGAAGUCAACUAUCGGCUCCUCAUUCAGCUAUUCGACACUGCCCGGGACACCCUGGGUCUACUCAGCUCCCUAACAAUCGGCUACCCUCUCACGAGUCGAUCGUUACGGACGCUAACCACGGCGGUGGUGAAUCUGCGUACAUGCAUCACCCUUGCCGUGCAAUUGCAAUCUCCUAGGUCAACGGUGGUUGCCGCAGCUUUGUCUGUGAAAGGCCGAUGUUUGGAUAUCCUGGCGGCACUGUCUGCUGAGGGUAUGAAGACGGAAGUCGGGUCACCCAAUGCUUUUAUCAUCCUGCGAACUUUGCUGUCCUAUCCCUCACUCUCGACGUCGCCUUUGGAUCCUGUCUAUCAGGUGCGCGAGGUCCUCGACAUCAUCGAGCACAUUCUACCUCCACCCGCUUCCGAGGAUGUUGACAUGGAUCACGAUUCCUCCCAUUGGGUGACCACCGUGUUGCCCAAGGUUCUGACCGAGCUGACAGGGUUCGUACGCCUGUUGGACCUGGACAGCAGACUUCAAUUUGUUCAGCGGCUGGUCGAACUGGAUAAUGGUGUCAUUGGUGUCGGAGAGUGGCUGUUAACGGAGCUUCUCAAGGGUUUGGUGGAGACUAUUCAAGACCUGUCCGCGGAAGCGUCAUCGGAGGACUACAAGCUUCUCCUUCGGUACCAGGCCGUGGAGGGCCUUGAAUUUUUGUGGCGACUUUCCUCGCCAGAAUCACCGAUCCAUUCGUGGUUGUACCGGUCUAUCGGGUCUGAAGAAGAUCUGUCGUCGCAACUCGCAGCAGUCUUCAACGUCCUGCUGCAUGGUCAUUACACCUCCCCAUCGCUUACUCGCCUAGUUCAGGCUUUGGCGAAGGAAGCCAACCAGCAAUCCUUCCCAUUUGACCUACGAAUCUCCCUCCUCCUUCACCUGCUUAGAAUCGCACAGGUGGAUCCCAACACUCCUGGCGUUCUGGACCACUUCAUCCCACUUCUCCAAAGCCUCCCUUCCCCUUCGAUACCCUCCGACGCUUUCCCGCUGGAAGUCGGACUUGCGUUGGCUGCCUUUUCCCGCCAAGCGAGUACGAUCCUUGAUCCUGAAAUAGGUUCAGUUUUGAUGUCUCUUCUCGAAUGGUGUAUGGGCCAAGAGAACAAGAGCUUUUCCACACUCAAAGGCCUCAAGACCGACGACUUUUCAGCACUGUGCGACUUCCUCUCCCUCCUCGAACUCAACAAAGACACAGCCAUCUCUGACAUCCAAGCACGCAUAACGAUCGACGAAGACGAAGUGUUCGCUCCUCCCAUUGUCGAACUCCAAUCCGAAGACGUUAGACUUUCGUUGAAUGCGUUGCAAGACGUGUUCAAUCCGAACAGCACCAACGUGGAGGAGAACACGCCUUCGACACCAAGGGCGGGGAAUAAAACACCCGAUAUUCUAGGGACAGUGAUUUCACCACCGACGGCGUUGUUGAGGAGUCCUGCGGCGACUGGGUUAACGAAGACGUAUGCGAAUAACGAUUUCAGGCAGUUGAGACAGGUGCCUUCAGCUCGACUGAAUACGAGUAGGUUGCCUAGUAUGCAUGGACUUCGAAACCUCCUCCUCGUCGCCAACGCUAAUGCCGGCGGCUGA